GAAGAACUUCAGAUAAUGGCGCUGUUCCCUUCAAGAUUUUGUAGUUAUUUAUCUUUGGGCCGACUGUGUUGUUUUAGGAAAUAUGGGUCAACAAUUGAUCAAUAUUCUCGCUACGUUGCCUGCCGGUUCAGGUUGACCACAUCUAGACAUUACUCAUCAUCCACAGUCAGAUGUGGUAUUGGUCGAUAUGUUGCAUCCAGACUUCAGUAUGCAAACAACAAAUACGAAGGUUUCCUCAAAAGACGAUAUCCUCGUUUGUAUCAGAUUCAUCACACUUUUAUAGAAGGAUUCAAGCUACUUUUUUAUGAUGCCAAAGAUGUGGGGAGAAUAAGAGCAAAGAUGCUGUGUCAUGUAAUACAAUUCCAGGAUUUACCCUACAGGGAAAUGGAGAAAGUCAGACAGUUUCGCAGAAACGUGAUCAAAGCCAUCCCACUGCUGAUGAUAUCAAUGCCUCCUUUUGCAAACUACUUGAUUUUUGUCUUGAUGUACUUUUUCCCGCGUCAGCUCCUGAUCCCUCAUUUCUGGACUCCGAGGCAGCAGGUAGAGUUUCGGGGAGUAUAUCACUCCUUCAGAGCUCAACACCACCAGCCAGUGCUCAGAGGGCUCGAGGACAUGAGCCAGCAGGUCAAAGACGUCCGACUUAAUGACCUGUACACUAAAGUUCAGCGUGGAGGACACCCCAAAGUGUCGGAGAUCCUCGCUGUUCGAAGCCUGUUUUCUCGACCUCCACUGGGUAUAAAGAGAAUGAACGUGGACCAAAUGAGGCAUAUGUGCCGCCUGCUCUUCUUGACGCCUCACCUCCCAGGGUUUCUGAUUGGCCGAAGGUUAAAAAGCCACGCGCUGGAGCUGCUCCUGUUGGACCGCGCCCUCAUGAGGCUCCGCCCUCAGCAGCUGACUGAGUCAGAACUCAAACAGGCUUGUUAUGUCAGAGGCCUCAGUUCUGAUGGGCUGAACCUUAACCAGUGCCACGAGUGGUUAUCCCAGUGGCUUCAGGUGUCAACUUCACUGAAAGAAUCUGAGGUGUCACUGCUGUUGUACAACCUCGUAUUGCUUUCUGUCAACUACCCAAACAGCUCCAGCCCUCACUGACAAAUCUGAAGUGCCGUGAUCUCGAACGAGUGUCAACUGCUACCUUUUGCCAAGAAGAUUAACAGAACAAAUUAA